AUGCCCUUCCCGGCCAGCAAGUACUCGCGCUACAAGCGCGCCACCGCCUUCUCCCUCGACUGGCUGCUGCGAGCUCGUGGGCGCGGCCACAGCUCCGGCCAGCGCCUGCGCCUCAGCACGCUGAACGUCGUCGUGCAGGAGAUCGCCGCCAACAUCUCGUCGCUCACGCCCAAGCUGCUGCAAGAGCUGCCCAAGGCGCUGGCGGCCUGCCAAUGCGCCAUCACGCUGCGCGAACACGUCGCCACCUUCUUCGCCGAGGACGACGAGGGCCAGCGCAGCCACCAGCACUUCCUGCAGCUGCUCAAGGGCUGGCACCAGACGCUCAUGCGGGCGGACGCGCAGCCUGAGGACGAGGACGCGCUGCUGGAGCUUGAGAGCACCAAGCUGGCCAUGGAGGAGGAGAGCGGCAAAGACUUCGCCGAAGACCUCAAGCUGGAGAUGGUGUAUUUCUUUAUGGAGUUGGAUGAGUUGAUGGAGGGGGUCAGGAAGGUCUUCGCGGAGGUCAAGACCGAGAAAAGAUCGCUGGUGGAGGCCACGGUGGUGGCCACUCUGGCGAUUGACAUCGCCUCGGCACUGACAGCUCAAGUGCAGCUGAAGUACCCGACACCCCGCACGGCCGAGCAAAUGUUUAACAUUGUGCGGUUCUCAGCGCCUGAGAAGUUCCGGCUGUGGCUGCAGGGCGUCCACCUCAAGUACCUGGACGACCUCAAAGCCAACGCCAUGAACGGGAGCUCCAUCCCCCCUCCAGCUCCGGGUAUGUUUCUUGCGGACUUCAUGGUCACCGGGAGCACCUUGAACAGCUUUACGACGGUGAUCCCGACCGACCCCAAGAUCAACAUUACCUUACAGGAAGGAGCCUUCGGGGAGAUCUACGGAGAGGACGCCGCACAACUCGAGUUAUUGUACAACACACUCGUCGACUUGCGCGUUGCCGGGUACAAGCCGUUCCGACCCAUGGAGGCCUUCCUGGUACUGAUGGACAAGUACUUCACGACGCGCGUGAUCACGGUUCCAGUAGUGUUUGCGUGCAUCUGCUGGGUCAAGUCGGUGGGCUGUCUCCAAGGGCAAAGGGGUCUCGGUCGCAAUACGAGCAUUGCGAUCCGACACUCCAAGCCGUUAUUGGACAGCGUCGAGGCUACCCAGGCGAAGAAAGCUGUACUGGAGAUCGCCAAUGUUUUGCUGGAGAAAUGCUGGGCGAAGACCAAGCAAGACGAGCAGUUCCACCACUUGGCCCGCGCCAACCCGCUGUACGCAGGCCAUACGCUGCUGAAUCACCAUUUGGAGUAUAUGCAGAUGUCAAGCGCGAUCCUGCUUUCAACUGGCAGAUUCCGAGCGUUUGGUCACUUGUACAAUGCGCUGGUGAAGGAACGGUAUCUCGAGCGUAUCCCGUUCUUCGACGACAUACUGGAUAUCUAUGACGAAGUCAUGUUCACGCCAUCUCGGGACUCUGCGAAGCCCAGCAUGUACUAUCGUACGUACCUCAUGAGUGAUCAAGUGAGAGCGAGCGCACUGGAUGCGAUAUACAGCGGCAAGGCGUUGCUACGAGGAAGAGAAGGGUACAGAAAGCGGAAAGAAAGCAUCGCUGGUAGCGGCAUCCUUAGCGACAUGUCCAAGAUAUACCGCUUGAUGAUAGAGGACGACAAGUCCUUCCUCAAGCACUCGUCAUGGGCGAGCAUGCUGGAUCACGCCGCGCAAACUUGCUCCGAGGAGAUGUUCCAGACACGGAUCUUGUCACGCGACCUGUUGAAGCUGAGUAACAGCCUCACGGACGUGUUCAACGAGAUGUGCGAUGCGUUGGACCAACGUGAUUGCUACGAAGAAAUCAUUGCAGCCCCGAGAUCCGGAUCCGUGAUGAAGUUUACGAUGCCGUUCUUCGACGCGCUGCGCCCGAAUGGAACUAUCGACAUGAGUCAGAUUCCCGGCGAGUUUCCGCCUAAUGCAACGAUGAAUCCUUUCGUUGUGAGGGGGCUGUGCCAGAGCGUGGCAGCUGUGAUCAAGGCCCGAUACGCCACACCCCCGUUGAUCUGCAAUGAGAAGUUCUUCACGUUCCCUGCCCGUCCAGAUUUCGUGAGCCAAGAGUAUGGAACUGCACCGAUAUCGGAGAGUACUAUGGGCCCCUGUCAUCGAGAGAAGUUUGCCAUUUUGAUGGCGAAGAUGAGAGACACCAAGGGGGCGCUACCUGACAACUUCCUACGCUACAUGAAGCAGGCGAUCAAAGAGGAUCCAUCACUACUCAGGGCCGGCGUGAAGAGUGGCGAGCUGCGCACGCUGUUUCAUCAGGCAGCUGCUGGACCGGCUCACAACGCAGAAUUGUUGCCGAACGCCAUGACACUGCACUGUGCUGCGGCCGCGGGAUAUGACGACAUCGUCCGGAUUAUUCUCGAGGCUGAUCACAAGUAUGAUCUGAACACGCUGACGUUCGACACCAAAGAGACCCUAGCGCACCUGGCUGUCAAGAAUGGGCAUGAAAACGUGUUGAACGUCCUUCGGCAGUUUGGCGCGGAUCUCCGUGUUCGAGACGGCGCAGGAAGGCGUGUGUGUGACGUCACAUCGGAUCCGAACUGGGCGCGGAAACUCGCGAAAGACGCCUCAGGUUACUUUGACGAUAGUACGGAUGGAGAUAAGAGGCGCAACGCUCUAUUACAUCGCCAAUCCAAGCAGCCAGCGAGGCCUCUCAAUGUGGAGUCCGACCUGGGCGCGAAGGAGCGUCAGAAGGAGUGUGAAAAGGCCGUAGGGACCGGAUCCACUGGAAAGAAGACCAAGUCGAAGAAGAAGCAGAAGCAGAAGAAGAAAAAGAAGGGCAAGAAGACCAAGAAGAAAGACGAAAGUGACAUUGGAGAUGCCACGAAAGAGUCGAUCAUCGCUGCCGCGGCUACCGCGACUAUGGAUCCAGGUGCAGGGGAAACAUCGCUAUUUCUGAAGCAUUUGUUGAAGAUGGCUGGCUCGGACAUCAACCAAGACGCUGAUCCAGAAGCUGUGCCGCAGCUCGAGAGUAUGCUCAACAGUAUGGUUGUGGCGAUGUUUUCUCGUUUGAGGGACCCGACGAUUCCGGCAAGUGAAAAAGUCGGCGACGUGGAGCAUGCCUCCUCAUUUGCUGUGGCAUUAAUGGGUUUCGUAUCCUCGUACUCAAAUAAGUUCUGCCGCGUUGAUCACGCUGCUGUCACGGCUCCUGAGCUUGAUCCUGUGCGUGUCCUGUGGGAUAUAACUCCAGAAUUCAGCAAGUUUGUCCUGCGCACCACUCAGAUAGGCGCCUCCAUCGACAGGAAGCCUCAAGCGCGCGAGAUUCUGGAUUUGCUGGAGAAGCGCCUGCUGAAGGUGCCAUUUGAAGAGCGAGAGCCGAUGGGCUAUCGAGGCAUCUGGUACAUUAGCACUCAUGUGGAUGAUCCCAAGAUUGAGGCUGCAGUCGACAGACUCAACGGGCAUCCAUUUUACUUCGACUUGGUGACGACGUCAAGUCCAGCCUUCGAGAAGCUCAAGCUUGCGGUUACUGCUGUUCUAAAUGGUGUCGUGUGCUUCGGUGGCAACGGAGCCGUACAAGCUGUUGACAAGAAGCUUCACUGUUUUUACCAGUACUAUGCUACGGUCAUCCGAAGGUCGAGUCAGGAUUCCCAUCUAGCACACACGAACCCGAUAGUGGCGGGGCUGAUGAUGCUGGAUCGCCAUUUUGAGUACCUGGAUUUGGCGAGCGAACUGAUUGUGGUGACGUCGAAGUUGCAUUUCUUCGGGCAUCUAUACAAUGCGUUGGUGGUCGAAGGGUUUCUCCCGCGGUUGCCGUUUGUGGAGGAAAUAUUGAAUAUUUACGAAAAAAUGAUUUUCACCCCUUCCCGAGCUGCGGCUACGCGUGGUGCUUACUACCGCACGUACUUGCUGAGUUCAUCCUUGAAAGCUACUGCACUAGACGCAGCACUUCGAGACGAUCGUACGAACAAUGGGUCUGUCAAGACGAAGCGAAGACCCGUGUUCUUUCUGAAGGAUGUAUCUAAGAUUUUCCGGCUGAUGACUAAAGGCGAUACGUCGUUUUUACGGGCUGGGACGUCGAAAGCUUUGCUGACUAUGGCCACCCACAUUUGCACGGAAGAAUUGUUCAAGACUCGGGUAUUGUCUCGGGACAUGCUGAUACUUCACAAUGACCUUACGGACAUUUUCUCCGAAAUGUGCAACGUUUUGGGCGAAAUUGAGACGCGGAGUGUGAACGACGGGCAGUUCGUGAUGUUAACUGUGAUUCGAGUGUUAGAUGCGAUGCAGUCGAAUGGUGAAGCGGUUAUGAGUGCAGUACCUGGUGGUAAUUCGAAUCCGUGGUUGGGUGACAGGGUGGAUGGUGGGCGCUUUCGAGCAAUUUGUACGGAACUGGCGGAAGUGAUCAAGUCAAAGUUUGCGAUCGCCCCAGCGGACCUCGAACGAAGAUACUGCGUGCUCUCAUCUUUCUUUGAUAUCGAGAAGGCGGAUGAGGGAGCUAGUAGCAAAAUGCAUACUGCCACUCCAGUGGCUGGUCAAGCUGAGCAAGUCGAGCGGGCCACGGACUCUUUGCGACGAAUUGCGGCGGCUGUGUUUACUCGUUUGAGAUAUACAAGCAUCCCGGUACACUGCAAGGCCGAGGACGCGCAUCACGCUAGCAAAUUAAUGGAGAGAUUGCAGGGUCUAGUUGCGGACUUUUCAGCUCCUGACCAGAUCACCGGCUCGUCUACUCGCAUGCGAAACCUGCUCUUCUCGGAAGCUUCGCGCGUCAUUUACUUGAUGCAGAGGUUUCAUCGAACGGACCACCCCGCUGUCACGGUUCCCGCCCUCACUCCUGUCCGUGAGCUUUGUGACACUAGUCCAAGCCUCACUAACUUUGUGGUGAAUACCGCUCGAAUUGACGUCUCGGUCAACAAAAAGUCACAAGCUCAAGAUCUUUUGGAGUUGUUGGAAAAGCGAUUAUUCGUGCUGAAGCGGCUCCACAAAGUGAUCCUCUUGGAUUUUCGAGUACUAGUGCAAACUUACUCGAAAGCACGCGAGGAUAUGGGACUUGGGAAAACGUCGAGUCCGGAUACUUUACGUGCUUUGGAGUGGUUUUUGACAGAUAUGAGCGACGAUUACGAGCUGCAGAAGACUAUGGACGAAAUGGACGGGCAACUCUUCUACUUUGACCUGGUGACUACCGGAGCCCAAGACGCCACCGAACUCGAGGAUAUGCUAGGCCCUAUACCUGGUUUUGUGUGCUACGGAGAGCGUAUCAAGCAUGUCGUAUUCGGCGGACCCAGAGACGAGGUGACCAUAGGCCGGAAGGUGGUUGUUGCGUUAGCCGAGAACAUCGGCGUCCAGUUCUCCGAGCGCAACUCGUUGUAUUGUGCAAACUCUCUUCGGGUUGGCGAGUCCGUGUUCUCGGCAGAUGGGGUGGUUCGGGACACUACGUCGAGAUGA